UAUAGAUCUCGGUUACUGAAAUAUCUAUUUUUCUACUUAAAAUUUGUUGCAGCCAUGCAUACCAGAACAAUUCAUGGUUUGCGCUUUCUCUUCUUUUCAUGUGCUUCUCUCUCAAAACUUAUGUCGCUUUUGGCGCUGAUACCAUCUCUGCAAACCAAACUCUCGUCGUGAUGAAACUAUUGUCUCUGCCGGUGGAGACUUUGUAUUAGGCUUCUUCAAGCCAGGUAAAGCCUUCAAACUACUAUUUAUGCAUGUGGUAUGGUAAAGUGUCUGCACAAAAUGUAGUUUGGGUGGCAAAUAGAGACAAUCCAAUUUCUGAUAAAUAGUCUUCAGUUUUAAGAAUCUCAGAUGGUAAUUUAGUCCUUUUCAACGAGGCCCAAGUGCCAAUUUGGUUCACGAAUCUGACCUCUACCUCCACAAGUUCUCUAGAAGCAGUUCUUCUAGAUGAAGGAAAUCUUGUAUUGAGAGAGUUGUCUGGUAAUUCAUCAACAUCAUUAUGGGAAAGUUUUAAGAAUCUCAGUGAACAAUGAUUGUUUAGAAAUAUGUGACUUGUUCUGUCUAAUUUCACAUGUUUGCAAACAUUAUAUGUACUAUAUAGUUUUUUUUUUUUUCUUGAAUUUCUAUCUUUGACUGCACAGAAUUUGUUGCAGCCAUGGAUAUCAAGUACAGACCAGGGUUGACGAUUUCUUUUCUUUUCAUGUACUUCUCUCUCAAAUCCCAUGUCUCUUUUGUAGCUCACUCUAUCUCUGCAAACCACUCUCUCUCUGGUGAUCAAACUAUUGUCUCUGAAGGUGGGGUCUUUGAAUUAGGUUUCUUCAAGCCAGGUAAUUCUUCAAACUACUAUAUAGGUAUGUGGUACCAUAAAAUAUCUGAACAAACCAUAGUUUGGGUUGCAAAUAGAGAUAAACCAAUUUCUGAUAGAUAUUCCUCGGUUUUAAGAUUCUCUGAUGGUAAUUUAGUUCUUUUGAACGAGUCCAAAUUAACAAUUUGGUCCACAAACUUGACCUCCACCACCAAUACUUCCACCGAGGCAGUUCUUCUGGAUGAGGGGAAUCUUGUUUUGAGAGAUUGGUCUUCUAAAUCGUCCAUGCCGUUAUGGCAAAGUUUUGAUCAUCCAACCCAUACAUGGCUUCCUGGUAUGAAGUUUGGGCGUAACAAGCGCACCAAAGUGAACCAGCUUCUCACUGCAUGGAAAAAUAAAGAAGAUCCUGCACCUGGUCUCUUCUCUCUUGAACUAGAUCCUGCUGGUUUGGAUCAGUAUCUUAUAGUGAGGAAUCAGUCUGAAGAGUACUGGACUAGUGGAAUAUGGAAUGGAAUAAAUUUCGCCAUGAUUCCUGAAAUGAUAUCACAUCAUAUGUUCGAUUUCAACUAUGUUUCGAAUCAGAACGAAAGCUAUUUCACUUAUUCCGUGGCAGGCACCAUUAUAUCUCGAUUAAUAAUUGAUAGUUCUGGGCAGAUGAUGCAACUUUAUUGGUUGGAGUCUAACAAGGCUUGGUUUCAGUUUUGGGCUCAACCUAGACAACCUUGCGAGGUCUACGCUUAUUGCGGUGCAUUUGGCAGCUGCAAUGAGCAAAGUCAGCCGUUCUGUUCUUGUUUGCAAGGUUUUCAGCCAAAAUCAGAGCAUGAUUGGAACUUGCAGGAUUAUUCUGGUGGUUGUCAGAGGAAAUCACAACUGCAGUGCGAAAAUAGCAGUCUUGUCAAUGGAAAGAGUGACAGAUUUAUGGCAACGACUAUCAAGGAUUUGCCUAAACAUCUGCAAUUUGCCCCAGUAGCCAACAUUAAGCAAUGUGAAACGAGCUGCUUAAAUAACUGCGCUUGUACUGCUUACGCUUAUGAAAACAACCAGUGUUCAAUUUGGAUUGGUAGUCUCUUGAAUCUGCAACAACUUGCAGUAGGUGAUACAGACGGAAAAACUAUUUACAUCAAGAUUGCAGCAUAUGAGUUUUCAAGUCCCAGGAAUGACGAUAGAAAAUUCAUUGAUGGUGGUGUUGGCUCAGCGGCUUUCGUACUUCUCCUAGGCCUUGUUGUGGUUGCAUACUUGAGAUGGAAAAAGAGAACUUUUAAAACAACGAAAGCAAUGGAGGGCUCGUUGGUGGCGUUUUCAUACAAAGAAUUGCAGAAGGCGACAAAGAACUUUUCGGAGAGAUUGGGUGGAGGAGGUUUUGGCUCUGUUUUCAAAGGGGUGCUGCCUGAUUCAAGUGUCAUAGCUGUGACGAGGCUUGGAAGCAUCAGCCAAGGGGAGAAGCAAUUCCGGACAGAAGUCACCACAAUAGGAAAUAUCAAUCACGUCAAUCUAGUUCGGCUUCUAGGAUUCUGCUCUGAAGGUACAAAGAGGUUGUUAGUCUAUGAAUACAUGCCAAAUGGUUCUUUAAAUUCCGUUCUCUUCCAUGAAAAGGGCUCAAAAAUUCUUGAUUGGAAAACAAGAUUCAGAAUCGCGCUGGGGUCAGCCAGAGGCUUAGCUUAUCUCCAUGAAAAAUGCAGAGACCGCAUCAUACACUGUGACAUAAAGCCUGAAAACAUUUUAUUAGAUGCUGAAUUUGGUCCAAAAGUGGCAGAUUUUGGCCUGGCAAAACUUAUUGGGCGGGAGUUUAGCAGAGUCCUAACAACCAUAAGAGGGACAAGAGGUUAUCUUGCGCCAGAAUGGAUUUCAGGAGUUGCCAUUACAGAUAAAGCUGAUGUUUAUAGCUACGGGAUGACGCUUUUUGAACUUGUAUCAGGAAGGAGAAACUCUGAGCAAUUUGAUAGUGAAAAUUCGAAAUUCUUCCCAACUUGGGUCGCUAGCGCAAUAACUGAGGGUGUUAAUGUCCUCAACUUGUUAGAUACUAGGCUGGAGGGCAAUGCUGAUAUAGAAGAGCUCUUAAGAAUAUGUAGAGUGGCUUGUUGGUGCAUCCAAGAUGAUGAAACUCAAAGGCCAUCAAUGGGUGAAGUAGUUCAAAAGCUUGAGGGGGUUUUGGACGUGACGCAGUCUCCAAUUCCAAGAUCUAUCCAAGCAUAUUCUCACUACCAGGACCACAUAAUUUUCUUCACGGCCUCAUCCUCAUCCUCAAACCAGAGUCCGCAUUCACAGAAUAAUAAUCCUUCAGCUGCUUCAUCGUAGGCCACAUCAUCGACACGUAAUUUUGGCUUCAGGUGGGUCAGCUAAUUACUCAAAAAUAAUAUAUAUUUGUAUUUCAGAUAAUGUAACCUCCUACAGCUAUGUUUUAUAAGCAUUCACUGCAGUGUAUGCCCAGAAAAAUCUGGCUCAUGUGGAAAGAGUUUUAUGUUAACAUAGAGUUUGA